GAUUGCCCGUGCUGACAGCCCUCGUCCCCCUUUCCGCCCUUUUCCUGCAGUUUCACGGCCCUUCCGGCGCGGAGCGCGCCUACUGGAUCCAUGCCGGCGGGCCGAAGCCGGCGAGAAGGCUAGGCAGCGGGCCCGAGCGUCGGGGCUCGAUCGAGGGCUGGGCGGACGGCGAGGCGGCCAGCGAGGUGGGAUCGGAGGAGUCCGAGGAGGGCUACGUGCGGGACAGGAUUCUGCAGAACGUGCUGGUCAAGAGCCAGGCGAUCGAGAGUGAGAACCGCACGCUGCGGCGGCAGCUGGCGCUGUACAGCAAGGAGUUCAAGCGGGUUGUGGAGCGGAUGAAGACCGCCCAGGGGCGGGACAGCCGCGCGCUGCUGAGGGAGAUCCACCGGCUGCGGACCGAGCUGGGAGACGCCAAGGAGCGGAUCAACGAGAUGUCGGCCGGCCGCGAGGGGACGUGCUGCGGGUGCGGGAGGGCCGGGGGCGCGUUCGAGGACGCGCUCAUGGCCGCGGAGACCAAGCUGGGGCCGGUCCGGUCGGUCCUGGGGGUGUCGCGGGGGGACAGCAUGCGCCAAGUCGCGGCGAAGAUCGCGGGCCUGAAGUCGGAGGUGGUGGCGUGCCGGGCGCAGAGCGAGGCGGCGGAGGGCGGGCUGGCGGAGUGCGCGUCGCAGCUGGAGUCGUGCAAGCUGCAGGUGGUGGCGCUGAGGGAGGAGGUCGCCUUCCAUCGCGCGGAAAACGAGCGGCUGGCCAGCGAUCGGGGGACAUGCUCUUCGGAGGCGGCACUCGUUCGGGAACGCGCGGCCCGGUGGCGGCAUGGCCUGCGGCGCGUCGGUCUGCAGGUUAAUGAGAUGCGCCCGGCGGUUGAGAAAAUCUCGUCUUCCGAAAUCGACGGCCGGCUGGAGCGGCUGAGGGGCGAGCUGGCUGGAGUCAGGGAUGUCCUGCGGCAGGCGUCACCGUCCGGACGCGCCGAUCGCGGCAUGGCGUCUGUGCCCAGCAUCGGGAUGGGCGAUCCGGCGCGGCGGGGGGGAGGGGAGGGGGAGGGCCAGGGCAGGCCGAAGCUGGAUCCGCGAGGAUUUGGAUCCUGGAUUGUGAGGACGAGCAGGGGAAGAUCUGGGUCGGGAUCCGGCGACGUGGCGGUGGCGUCGGAGCGACUUUGCGGGUCCUGA